UGCUGAGAGGCACCAGAGCAGAGCUCCUCCAUAGACCACAGCCGCAGGGCUCCCACUGCAGUUCAGAGGAAAACCUCACACAGAAAUCUAUACUGGAGGAAGAAACUGACACCUCACAAGACCACAAGACAGGACAGGACGAGACAAAGAGGGAGAGAAGAAAGGAGUGAUCAGAAAAAUUGGGAAAAAAGGAGAAGAACUGGAUGAGAUUUACUGCUCUUUCUUGGACAACCAGAACUUCCAGGGCACAAGACUCUUCCAUUUAAUAAUUUAUCUUGUGACUCAUUUUGGUCUGAGGAACACAACUUUGCUUUUUUAAAAGUUUACAGGACUGGAUUUUGGAUUUCAGUUAACAUUUCAAACUAUCUGGUUCUUUUGACCGUUCCAGCAAUACCUGCCUCUGAACUUCACCGCAGCAUGUGUGUGUGUUUUUUUUCUUUAGGGGUGUGAGCAUCUCUUUCUGACUGACUGAGUGAAAUGUACCUGAACGAGUUAACAGGUACUCAGGUGUAACUGUUUGGAAGAGUACACGUGCAGGUGAAUACACUUUGUUUUGUUCUUAAGCUGCACUGCAAAAGCUUCAUUUUGCAUAUGACUUAUCAUUCAUCUCAAUUUUUACUUUUUUCUCCACCCUGAGAUGUCAUAUUACAAAAACGACUCCUCUUUGAAUUAAGGGUCGGGCCCCGCGCCAUAGCAAUAUCUCCUGCAGGAACGUUGUGGAGACGCUUGCAAGUUCAAAGAUUUUUUUGAAAUAUCCUGGAGGAAGCAGAUUUUCACAGGUGAAGUCUCAGCCCUGUUGGCCCCUGCCCCUACCUCAGGAUGGCUGGCUGUGCCAGCCGCUGCAGGCAGGGGGUGCUCAAAUUAAUCCAGUCCCUGCAGAGACUGGUCUCAGGAACCCUCACAAAAGAUAAAACAGAUGACGAGCUCGAGAUGACGAUGGUGUGUCACAGGCCAGAGGGUCUUGAGCAACUGGAGGCCCAAACUAAUUUCACCAAACAGGAGCUGCAGAUCCUCUAUCGUGGAUUCAAGAAUGAAUGUCCAAGUGGAGUGGUAAAUGAGGAGACAUUUAAACACAUUUAUGCACAGUUCUUUCCUCAUGGAGAUGCAAGCAUGUAUGCACAUUAUCUUUUCAAUGCGUUUGACACUACAAAUAAUGGCUCCAUCAAGUUUAAGGACUUUGUAAUGGGGUUGUCUAUUCUGCUGCGGGGGACCCUGAGGGAAAAGCUGGAGUGGACAUUUCACCUGUAUGACAUUAAUAGAGAUGGAUACAUAAACAGAGAGGAAAUGACUGAGAUUGUGAGGGCCAUUUAUGACAUGAUGGGAAAGUACACCUACCCUGCACUGAAGGGAGAUGUCCCACAGCAGCAUGUGGAUGCCUUUUUUCAGAAAAUGGAUAAAAACAAAGAUGGAGUGGUGACUUUAGAGGAGUUUGUUAUAGCCUGCCAGGAGGAUGAAACCAUGAUGAGAUCCAUGCAGCUGUUUGAGAACGUGAUGUAGGGCAAGCAGAGGUGAUGGAGAUGAAGACAUGGAAAAUGAGAGGGCUUGGUGUGAGUGCGUGUGUGUGGAUGCAUAUGUGCAAUACAUCCAGUCUCUCCUCCCUCCUCCCGUCGUAUCCAGCUGUGGUCUGGAUACAGCUGGUAAACCCCCACAGAGACUUGAAUGAAGGGACUGGACUGGAUCGCUUUUAGCCUUCCCUGUGGAGUUUCACCACACAGUACAAAGUGACUGAUGUGACAGACUUGGACAUAAACACGCCUCUCUCAGUCCUGUCUUGAAGAUUGGCCUGUGAAAGAUACAGAUGCUCCUGUGUUACAGAGCUGCUGCCAACCACUGAAGAGCUAUUUGUUCAACCAGCCAAACUAUUUUUGCUUUUCUUUCCCAAAAGAUGUUCUUUUUUGCCAAAACAUAAUUGCAUGCUUUUGCAAGAGCUUUUUAUUUUAUCUCCAAAAAGUUGUCAGAUUUGCAAUGGGAAUUUGGCCAUAAGGACUUCUAUAUUUAUUUCAUGCAUCUAGUGGCUGACAGGUAUGGCAUACUUCAAAUGUCAUGUAUUGGUUACACUGUUACAGUGACCUCCCCUGUACUUCUAUGUUGACCUGGCUGUUGCUUGCCUGCUGAGUCAAUUAGAUGCCUAUUGUUAAAUGUCUGUCUAAAGCUUUCAAUAGAAAGUCAAAUAAUUCCAAAUCAGUACAUUUCAUGGGUCUUAUAUGGUGCAUAUGUGUGCCUGUCUUUCUGUCUAUGUUGGAACUUAGGCUUUAGUGAAAAGAAAGAAGAAGUGGAUUCAUUAUUUAAUAUUUUCACCCGCUGUUUUGCUUCUUGUGGUCAAAUUGUGGUCAAAUCGGUGUGUUGUCAAAAAUGUAUUUUAAAAAAGUAUUGUGGAAUAAUGCGUACAAACUUUGGAUGAAGUGCAAAAUGAAGAUGUUGAGUAAUUAGGAGGAGACUAGAAAUCAUAAAAACAAUAUCAUGAUUUGCACAUGUGAUCUAAGUGUGACUUGGAGAUGGAAACGAUGAUGUCUAUAAAAUAUUUGUGCGUUGCAGCCAUAUUGAUCUAUCUCAGAGGAGGAGUCAGACGGUGAUUGCUUGGCUCAAAAUUUGAAAUGAACCCUGGUUUGAGAAAGUUUCCAUUGAUCUUGCAGGGAAAUGCCACUGACUGUCAGCUCUGGAAUGUGAUAUUUCCACGACACUGAGGACAGCUCCAUCUGUAUUAGUGAACAUUUGGCACUGCUUCCUCCAUCCAAACCAAAUCUGUGAUGUCACACUGACACGCAGGUACAGACAGAACGGGGUGACUCUUGCCUGUUGCCUGCAGACGCUUUCCUGUGAGUCAGGGUGUGUUUGAAAGCACCACCAUAAUAGAAAACUCACUAGGCUGUAGUAGUUUAAGCACUGAAAUAUUAAUCACUGUUCUUUUUACCAUCAGCGGAGGAGCUCUUUGCUGUAUGGUACGUCUGUGUGACAUCACAGCCUCGAGUCUCUGAUAUCUUGGUUUGGAACAAAGUUGUUAUAUCUCACAAACAGAAAAUUCAUUCUAAGCCAUAAGAAUAAAUAUGUAAAUUCUUAA